CCUCCGGCCCACAGCGUCCCGCCAUCUGAUAAAUGCUUAUCAGAUCCAAACCCUGCAAACCAUCAUUGCGUUGUAAUGUCGAAUGGACCCUCGCCACAAACUCUACAAGCAAUUUAACCACCUGACAGUCGAUCCUACCAGCGGAAUGAGUGCAAGGACGGACUCGGAGGCAGCGCAGACUGCAGCCAAUAGUGGCAUCACGCCAGAUGUUAUCAAGCAGAAGCUGCAAGAGGGGUUGGGUGCGACGCACGUCGAGAUCGAGGAUAUGAGCGGUGGAUGCGGGCAGAUGUUCGAGGCGAUCAUAGUAUCCCCUCAAUUCGCCAAAAAGACAACGCUGGCUAGACAUCGCUUGGUCAACGGAGUUCUCAAGGAGGAAAUUGCAGCGAUACAUGCUUGGACGCCCAAGUGCCAUACGCCUGAAGAGUGGGAGAAGAAGAAGCCAGCUUGAGAGAGGCUCAUUAAACGGCACAGUGUACAUGAUCACACAUGAAACGGAUGUAUGACUUGCUCACGAUAUCUAGAGAUUCCAGAGGGCAUGCAAAGGGUUGCAAGAGUCGGAUGUGGUGCAUUGGUUGGAAUAGCUCUAUAGCAUUUCUAGUCUAGCUGAGGAGCACUCUGAUCUCCCCGCUGGUUCGAGGGAAGAGGUCGCGUAGAGCCGGGGCGGCCUCAUCUUCCUCUUCUUUGUACAGCAAGUCAUCUGCAGCCAUCACCUUGCUUUCUACAAUUUCAAAAUCUUCGCAGAAUCGUUCC